UCGGCCCUUGAGGUCGCCAAGCUACGCCACAUCGCAUUUGCUGUCGGCAGUCGGCACCAAGCUCUCGCCGCCGUGACGCAGCGAUGGCGACGGAAGCGCCGGCCAAGUGCAACUCCGAGCGGUGCCUUCCCGGAUCUGGUGCGGAUCUGUUGUUUCUAAGCUCCAGGUUCCAUGGUGCGUAUUUCCGCGGAUCGACGGUCGAUUGCCCUAACUGGAUCUCAUCUAAUUCGUGGAGUCGCCGGGAAAGCGCAUGGAUGUGAUGUCGCUGGACCACAUGAUUACUUCCUACCCUCUGUUAAGUCAUCUUCCAACGUUCGUUUUCCAACAACCUGUUCGGCAAAAGCUUAGAUCUUGUCGUGUCAUAGAAUGAAAUUAUAAUGAUUAAUGUAUAAUUUGGGUUGAGAUGUUUAUCAUAAUUGUGAUGGUUAUAGAUUGAUCUUACUUGUAUGUCUCGUAGUUCUUUAUAAUUUGAUCUUCUUGCUUUCUUAUUUACUAAAGUUCUCUCUGAUGCAAUCUUUCAGACAUGUAGUUGAAUCUAGUAUCAAGAUUUCUGCUAGGGUUAGUGUCAAAAUUCUAUUGUCUUUAAGAUGCACAAACUGCUUCUUCCUUAUCCUGGAUGGCCUUUUAGUUAACUGGUGGACUUGGGUGAAUGAUCUUGCUUUGUUUGGUUGGGUUUGAGGGUUAAGGUUUCUCACUUGAUUAAUAUUUUUUUAUUAAGCUAAAGACACAAGAUGGGUUAGAUUUGUCAAUUUAUGCAGGCAGUUAGGAAAUGAUCAACAAGGCUUAACUAGGUUAGUCUCUAUUAGCAUAUGUAAUCUACUUUAACCUUGAAGGAUGGAUGGAUCUUUUGGGAGAUGGUCUCUACCAAGAUUAUUAUUAAGGUGAAACAGUGUCAGAUUCAGUAAGGGUGGAGCUUUCUCUAAAUGUAUAAGCACUAAACCCAAUUGAGAUCAGAGCACUAGAAUAUGAAGAUCCGUGACCCAACUUAGCUUUUAGAUGAACCUCAUUCUGAAGACCUGAAUUGGUUUAGGAUCUCUGAUACUAUGAUCUAACCAUGUUCCCUCACAACUCUUAGGUAAGGUCUCAAUUCUAACAACAUUAAGUUUGUUUGCAUUCACAUAAACACUUUCAAAAUUAUGUUGACACUGCCUAGCCUAGACCAGACAACUUUUCUUCCUUCCAACAAAAUGGAUGUUCAUCACGUUGUUUAGAGCUUCAUAAAGUCAUAUCUUGUGGCUACAACCUAUGGUUGUCAAGGCUAUAAUACUUAGCCCAUUAUGGCAUGUAUUCAAGUUUCUUUGUAUGAAUUUUUAGUUCCUUAAAUUCUCCCAAAUUUCUUUUACAUCAUUAUUGCUACAGUUAUUUCCAUCAUGUGUUGUUAAUUACAUAAUAUAUUCCUAGCCUGCAUUAAGUAGCGUAUCCAGUUUAUAUGAAUUAUUUUAUACUGUUCUAAUCAUAUGCCUUCAUCUGUUAAUAACUUCCUAGCAUUAAUCUGAAGCUAGGUAACUGGAUGUUGAUUAUCUUCAAACUGCACUAACCAACCCUUAGCAUCUUCAUGUUUGAACUUCCACAAAUUGAUAAUAAUAUAUUGGAGCAAGCUGGCAACUAGUUUCAAUGGACAAAGACAUACAAAAAAGACGUACUUUUGUUUUCCACUAAAUAGUAGGUAGUUGCCGGUAUCCUUUUAGUAUUCGACAGUAGAACCUCCAGUAUCUGCAAUCGGGCAUCCAUGAAUUCAUUUUCUAGGGUCAUAUUGCACUUGAGAGGCCCUAGUAUAUAUCCAAGUUGGAGGACAGGUACAUAGUAUAUUCACUGACUUCCAAGGACUAGAAUUUGGUCUUCGAUCGGUCCUACCAGUUCCAUGCAGAGCUUCCUGUAGCCUUUCAACUUAAGGAAUCUCUCUGGCUCAAUCCUGCCAAGCUGAUGCCACUGAAAGCAUCAAGACCACCUCCUUUUUAGUACCUACAGAAAUGUUCUUACUACUAGGUUUGGAGCUGUCCGUUUAUUGGCCAAGCAGCAACAGAAAGUCUCAUUAUUUGAAGAGCCUUUUGGAAUGCGAUAUUUCGACCCUCUACUUUUUCAUAAUGUCUAUACAUUAAUCUUUAAAGCCAUCUUGCUUCCGGCGUGUUGGCCUCCUAUCAGAGUGCCACCACAGUGCUGCAUUUAGUAGAGUUCUACUCCCCGGAGAUAACAAUGAAGAUCUUUAACUGGGUGCAUCGAAAGUUGUACCCCAACGUCAAGUACAGCCAUGUUUCUGGAAAGAUAGAUGUUUACGAAGGAGACGAAGAAGAAAAGCUGGAAAUUUUGGAAAGCUUGGAGAAAAAAGCUUUACUGUUUCAUGAUGUACUCGAUAGUAUUCUCACGAUUGGCACCUUGGGCAGCCAGGUUAUGUUUGUUUCAGAAUCAGACUGUGCCAAAGAAGAUGAACUCACAGGGCAAGAGGAAAAUUAUUUAGAGAUAGAGGUAACGAACGAAUGGACAGAAGUCGCACCAGCUCUGGUGGCAGGCAAGCCUCCAUCUUGUAUCCAGACAUCAGAACUCAAAUUUCCAGUUGAAGUAGAGGAAAAGAAAAUGGAGAUUGUCCACGAGACAGAUACCACCGAGAAAAUCCAAGAGCAGCCUCUGCUGAUGGAGGACAAGGAGAAAAGAGAACAGAGGACGACGCUUGCUGAUCUUUUUGCUGCCGAUGCCAUGAUGGUGAACAGUCUAAAUGAGAAACCAAACAAGAAAACACAUGUUAGAUUGAAGCAGCACUCAAUUAUCCAUGAGAAGAAGAAGAUGCAGAACAGGAAAGAAGCUAAGUGGAUCACAGCUACCGCAAAAGGCAAUACCAAGAAAACGACUAGGAAGAUACAGAAGCUGAUAUCAAAAUUGUUGAAGAAGAAGGUCCACCCGGAGAUGCAAGGCACGAGAUGAAGGAAAUGCCUCUGAUGUGUGGAGGAGCAAAAUCUAUCGAAUGAUGAUGCUGGGGGAUUUGGUACUAUAACAAACAUGUUUACGAGCAUAGCUUGUUGAUUAAUGUUGUACAACUGUACAAGUUUUAGGCGUGAGUGUCUAUAUUUAGACAUCCAAAUAUUCGUUGAAUAACUUUCAUAUUUUUUAUUUUCCUUGCUGUUGUCGUUAUUGUCAUUAAGUUGUUCAUCCGUUUUAAUCAGCAGUGUCAUCAUUGUAAUUAACCGUGCAUUAAUUAUGACAAUGGUUCAUAUACCAUAAACCAAUCAUUAAUUGCUUGAAA